CGGCUGCCUGGUGGUCAUAGACCACUGUUCGAAGUGGUCAAUGGCGAUUCCAAUCCGCCGAAAGACGUCAGCUGCUGUUGCAACCGCUUUCGAACACCACGCUCUGGUGGCUCUCUUACGCAAGCCGAAGCGAGUGCUGACUGACAAUGGUCCAGAGUUCUGCGGACCGGAGUUCGAGAAGGUGCUGAUCAACUGGGGGAUCAAUCACGUCUACUCCACUCCCCUCCGACCUGAGGGUAACGGGGCAGUUGAGCGCUGUAACCGCUCCCUAAGUCAAGCCCUGCGUCUCCUGUCGGACUCCGCUGCCGACUGGGAUGGACAGCUGGCCCGCGCCCUGGUCACCUACAAUACUACUCGGCACUCUGAGCUAAAAGAAUCUCCUGCCGAGUUCCUGCUCCAGCGCAAGCACGGUGGCGUCAGUGGCCCCAUCGUGUCCUCGGAAAUACAGAACUCCUGGAAGCCUGGUCACCCGGAAUUCGCCCCAUUUAGGGUCGGCGAACUUGUCAAGAAAGAAGCCCACCACCCAGGGAACAUGCUCGUCAACAAGUUCCAGCGCCGCUACGAUGGCCCGUUCGUUGUAACACGGGUCAACAACAACGGCGUUACUUACAUCGUCAAGUCGGAAGACGGACAAGAGAAGCGAGUCCAUCACUCACAGCUGCGUCCGUGGAAGAAGCCGCCGGCCUACCUGCUGCGAUCGGGCCGCUGCAUGCAGGAUCUGAUCUCCGUGGCUCCUGACCCUUCGCUGCAGGAGACGUCUGCGGUCGAUUCGGCUGAGCGGUCACAGGACGCAUCUCGGAUGUCGCCGCCUCCGCCGCUGGAGUCACCUCGGCCGGGUGCUGGCGCGGUGGCCGAGGCGUCGCCGGUGGCGUCUGCGGCACCUCCGCCGCCUUCUUCUUCUGCUGGACUACACUCGUCUCGCCUCAUGACUGACGCGGCGACGGGUACCUCGCCGGUGGCGUCUGCGGCACCUCCGCCGCCUUCCUCUUCGGCUGGACCACACUCGUCCCGCCUCAUGACUGAUGCGGCGACGGGUACCUCGCCGGUGGCGUCUGCAGCGCCUCCGCCGCCUUCCUCUUCGGUUGGACUACACUCGUCCCGCCUCAUGACUGAUGCGGCGACGGGUACCUCGCCGGUGGCGACUCGAGUAUCCGCGCAGCAGACGUCACCCGGUCUGCGUGGAGCCCUUAAGGUGCGGUUUGAUGUUCCCUCGUUGCGCCGUUCCCAGCGCGCGCGUCGUCCGCCUGUGAGAUUUGCGGACUAUGUGAUGGAUUAA